UGGUCAGUCACUCUUCUGCUGUAAACAGACGGUGUGUUCAGGGACUAGACUCCGGCUGGAUCCGACCAGAAACUGGACUGAAAACUACGAACAACGAUGCACUGAGAGAGCAUCAUCAGACAAACAGGAGGGACCACCACAGCCACUGCAUUUCCGUCAAAGUCAGAUAACAAGAGGUCCUCUCCCUGUGCACGAUGACCACCCAGGAGGACACUGACAUGAACGCCUUCGGCCCGGAGCUGCCGGCCAUGUUUGAUGGCAUGAAGCUGGCAGCGGUGGCGACGGUCCUCUACAUCAUCGUGCGCUGUCUGAACCUGAAGAGCACCGCCUCGCCUCCUGAGGUCGUCUACCAGGAGACACCACUGAGCCGCUACCUGUUCAAAACCUGCCCCAUGCUGACCAAAGAAUACAUUCCUCCCCUGCUGUGGGGAAAGAGCGGACACCUCCAGACGGCCCUGUACGGGAAGAUGGGACGAAUCAACACUCCUAAACCAUGUGGGGUGCGCAAGUUCCUCCCGAUGCAGGACGGGGCCACAGCGAGCUUUGACCUCUUCGAAGCUCGUGCGGACCACAGCACUGGAGAUGACAUUACCAUGGUAAUCUGUCCUGGGAUUGGUAACCAUAGCGAGAAGAACUACAUCCGGACAUUUGUGGAUUACUCCCAGCGGCAGGGGUACCGCUGCGCCGUCCUGAACCACCUGGGAGCGCUGCCCGACAUGGAGCUCACCUCGCCACGCAUGUUCACCUACGGUUGUACGUGGGAGUAUGCGGCCAUGGUGGGCUACAUCAAACGAGCGCUUCCUGAGACGCUGCUGGUGGUGGUGGGCUUCAGUCUGGGGGGAAACAUCGUCUGUAAGUUCCUGGGAGAGAACCGAUCCAACCAGGACCGAGUGGCGUGCUGCAUCACCGUGUGCCAGGGCUACAGCGCCCUCAGGGCUCAGGAGACAUUCCUCCAGUGGGAUCAGUGCAGGAGGCUCUACAACUUUGUGUUGGCUGACAACAUGAAGAAGCUCAUCCUGAACCACAGGAGCAGUUUGCUUAGCCUGAACUCCAGCAACAUUGGAGAUGCAGACCUGGGCCGACUGAACACAGCUACGUCUCUGAUGCAGAUUGACGACAGCAUCAUGAGGAAAUUCCACGGCUACAGCUCCUUGAAGGAGUACUACGAGAAAGAGAGCUGUGUGCACCACUUGCACAAAGUCACUGUGCCUCUGCUCCUGGUUAACUCCUCAGACGACCCCCUCAUUCAUCAGUCUCUGCUGGAUAUUCCUCGCACACUCGCAGAAAAGAUGCCCAAUGUGAUAUUCGCCCUGACUCAACACGGAGGCCACCUGGGCUUCUUCGAGGGGGCCGUGCUCUUCCCUCAGCCGCUCACCUGGAUGGACAAAGUGAUCGUGGAGUACACCAACGCCAUCUGCCACUGGGAGAAGAACCUGCCGGCGUGCCAACGGAGCAGCAACCGGGACUCUAACGCCUGCCUGCAGAGCACAGGGGAAACACUCAGCGGGUAACACACAGAAGACUAAACACAAGACCAAAAACAUGCAAACUCUUCUGUAUUCGCUCUACUUCAGUACUAAUGGGAAAUGUAGGAAGUCACUAAAUGGAUUAGAAGAGUUGAAGUGGAAGCUGUAAGGUGUAAACGGAAACUCGCAUAAGAUACCUGCAAAUGUAACACGACCCCAGGGUUGAAUUAGUCGUUCCUCUUGUUCCCAGUUAACCCCCGGUGUAACACGAGUUCACCCUCUGCUGGUUUUUUUGGCAGCUGCUGCUCCUUGAGGGUGAUAUAAUUAGUGAGGGGGAAACACACUGCAACCAGAGGAUGGAAAUGACCUUUAACCUGCAUGUAGAACAAAGAGAAAAAUGUGUUUCUACACGAUUAACUACUGAAAACUUUCCUAGAUGCUAAAAGUUAGCACAACUAGAAUAAAUAAUAUUGUUUGUUAAAACUGGAAAUGUAUCCUAGUCUGAAGCCUUUAAACCCUUAACCCUUAAUAUACUUAUUUGUAAAAAGCCUUCCAGAAGCUGUAGAGUUCACAAUCGUAUUCGAAGUGCCUUAAUAUAAAUGUGACUCUGGCUUCUCAUGAAUCAUUGAGCUACCUCUGAUAAGCAGCAGUAUGACGUGGUUUAUUGUUUACAGUGGUGAUUUCAACAAAACAUCUGUCGCGCCGAGUCAAAUUGUAAUUUCCUGUAUACUGAUACGAUAUCAUCUCAUUUGUUUCCAUUCGGAAGGGUUUGCUUUUUUAAUGCUGGACAACUACGUUAAAAAACAGUUUGGUUUAUUUAUAUAUUUUUGGCGUACUUUUUCUCAAUUUGACGUCAGUUUUUUGCAUUUCCAUUGUGUGCAGUGGACCAACAGCUGGCCUUGUUGCUGCUGACAAUUCAAAUGAAAGAAUCAGGGUGUCAGUUUUUUUUUUAAAGAGAUUAAAAAAAAGUCAUAUUUUAAGUUUUUUUUCUGUUUUGUUUAAUAACAAUGUGGGCACUUCAUACAGCCUCGCGUUAAGAUUGUACUCUUUGUAUGGCUCCAUGUCCGCUUGUCCCAUUCCAUGAACUGCUGUAAAAGCAUGAGGAUGGUCAGACUGUAUUAUUUCCUAAAUGCUGCUUAGUAAAAGUCCUUUAAAGAAUUUAGGACACGUGUUACUGAACAAAUUCUGCAUGACUGUUCUGGACAGAGCUAGGUCAAGCAAACGGGACACAAACAGUAAGCGUAUUAAAUCAGAAAUCCAGAUGGACUUUCACUUUAUGCACUUGGCAAACGAAAUGGACCAAAGCACUCUUCACUUUUCUAGAAAAAGCAGCUCAACUUUGUACUUUUUUUAAUGAUUCUGCUGCAUUUUGGGUGAUUUAAAAAAAAAAAAAAAAUGUUUUGGGGUUUCCUUAAAACAGUGUCUUUGGCUCAAAAACAAUGGAGGUCUCAUUAGACGUCACUUUGAACAAGGGCUAAUUUAUACGUUACAUAAGUGACCAAGGUUUUCCAGGUUUGUUUUUAAGCUGCUUAUUGCUACUUAACACAUGGGUGGACUUUCCACAAGAACAUAAAUAAAGUUUUUGUUACAUUAAAACACAGAAAACAGAUGGAAACUAUCACACAGAAAUCACCUCUGUUAUGGCUUAUGAUUCAGAAGUUGAUAAAAGUCUCAAACAUGGACAAAUAAGGAGGUGAUUUUAUGUGAAGAAAUCCUGUUUUCUGUUUAUUCUGGUCCUUUGGUGUGCAUAUUUGAUGUUAGUCACAGUUUCCUGUGUGUAACAUCCUGUCGCACUAUAUACAAAUGCAGGGGACUCCACCCAACUCCAUGCAAGUCUUAUAAAUCAAUAUUUCAAUCAUCAGUCUAAACUGUAAUUCUUUUUCUGUCUUUUUAAAAACUGAAUAUAAUCUGCAACAGCACCACUAUUGUAUUUGUGCAAUAUGUUCUCACCUUUUUGCUUGCACUUUACUGUCUUUACAGUUACUAUUUUUGUAUUGUGGCACUAUAGUAUGAUUCAGCAUAUGGGUGUAACGUUUAUAAUCUAAUCUUAAAGUGUUUUGUUCUAAUGUUCUGCACAGACAUGACACAUUUUUGUAAUAACUCACCCAUUAAUAAAUAUUUUUCACAUAGA